CCUAGGUUUGCGGUACACAUCAGCAAUAUAUAAUAAACAUAAUAUGUAUGUAUUGUAUACAUGCUGUCAAAUACUGCAUAUCUAAUCUAAUCUAUUAAUUUAUUUUACAAUUGAGUAACCUAUUGGCUAAUUAUUUUUUAUUGUAAAAAAAAGACAUUUAAAGCAUUAAUACAAAAUAAAGUGAUACAAUGGGUGACAUUUUAAAAGGCGUAAUAUCUUCAAUAUUCUCUCCUGAAUGUUACGAAGAAUAUUUUACUAAGUUUAACUUUCUCGAUGUACCAUGUUUUAAAGCUACACUGAGUAAAGGACUGGGCAUUGGUAUCAUUGCUGGAUCAAUAUUGGUCAAAGUGCCACAAAUCUUAAAAAUUCUAAAUAGUAAAAGUGCCAAGGGGAUCAACUUUUAUGGUGUUUGUUUAGAACUGUUUGCAAUUACUGCAAACUUUGCAUACAGUUAUGUUAUGAGUUUCCCAUUCAGUGCAUGGGGUGAAGGAACUUUUCUAGCUAUACAAACAGCAAUAAUAGCAGCUCUAGUUUUACAUUAUGGAGGUGGAGCAGGGAGGGCUGCGGUGUUCUUAGCAACAUAUGUGGGACUUGUUUCAGCUCUAGUCAGUGGUUUUACACCUACAGAUAUUCUGUGGUCAAUGCAAGCUGCAACUGUACCUAUUAUAUUAAUAGCAAAGGCUAUCCAAGUUAUUACAAACUACAAAAACGGUAGCACAGGUCAAUUAUCUGCUGUCACCUGUUUUCUCCUAUUUGGUGGCAGUGUGGCUCGUAUUUUCACUUCCAUUCAAGAAACUGGUGACUUUAUUAUUAUUCUCACAUACAGUGUAUCAACCUUUGCCAAUGCUGCAUUGGUGUUGCAACUGCUUUGGUAUUGGAAUGCAGACAAAACAAGCAAAAAUAAGAAAAAGAAGCGUUCAUAAAAUAAUGCUUGAAUACUUUAGAACAAAUGUAAUUAUAAAAUAUCAUGAAUAAAAGAGGUUGUAAUUUAAUAAGAUCUUUGU